CUAUGAUCAUUGCUAAUCAUUCUAUGUACUUCCUCUGAGCUUCCAAGUUCCAAACUUACACAAAAAAAUCCAGAGAGUUUUUUUAUUCCCCUUUAAAAUAAAUAAAUAAAAGAGAGGAUGUUGGGAGUGUUUAGUAGCUCAGUGGUGUCACCGCCGGAGGAGCUGGUGGCUGCUGGAAGUCGGACGCCGUCGCCAAAGACGAAGGCGGCCGAGCUUCUUAGCCGCUUCCUAGCUGGAAACACCUCUGCUGUUUCCGCCCAACUCGGAGAUUACGCCAAUUUAGCCUUUUCACAUGUAGGAGAAUCUCCAAUCCGGCCUAGGUCGUUUGCAGCAAAAGAUGAGAUAUUCUGCUUGUUUGAAGGUGCACUUGACAAUCUAGGCAGUCUAAACCAACAUUAUGGAUUGGCAAAGAUUGCCAAUGAAUCAAUCUUGGUGAUAGAAGCGUACAAAGCACUUCGUGAUCGAGCACCACACCCUACAAACCAUGUUAUUGGUCACUUGGAAGGAGACUUUUCUUUUAUUGUUUUCGACAAGUCUACAUCCACCUUGUUUGUGGCAUCGGAUCAAUAUGGCAAAGUCCCUCUAUACUGGGGAAUUACUAGUGAUGGAUAUGUUGCAUUUGCUAAUGACGCUGACUUGCUUAAAGGCUCUUGCGGCAAGUCACUUGCGUCUUUCCCUCAAGGGUGUUUUUACUCCACUGCCAUAGGAGAAUUAAGAUGCUACGAGAACCCUAAGAACAUAGUUACCGCUAUUCCUGCUACUGACGAGGAGUUUUGGGGCGCUACGUUCAAGGUUGAAGGGCCAGCAGUAUUGGCAGCCACAAAGUAAGGUUGUCAUUCGGAAAUUGGUGGUAGCUUCACUAUAAAAGCAAUCUCUAUCAUCCAACAUAUCACGUACAAUAUAUGUGUGGUGCAAAUAUAUGUACAGAGAUCUAAUAAGAGUGGGUCACGGACACGGUCACGGUCACGGUCACGGUCACGGUCACGGUCACGGUCGGGCCAUGUUCGAGUUGUCCUAAGGCAUAAAUCUAUCGAGAUAGUUGUGGAAGUCAAUUAUUAUGUUUAUUGUUUGUCAAUUGUCAUGUACAUGUGCUUAUCUUUGUAAGAUGUUCUAUCAAAUUAAAGGGUAGUAAUUCUUCUUCUUUCUCA